CAGACGGUGGCUACGGGUGCAGUAAAGAUCGCUGUGGGGAGAUUCGGAAGGAAAACCGUUCUUGUCACUGCUCAAAUGACUGUCUCGCCCGAGGAGACUGCUGCACCAACUACAGGACACGCUGUAAAGCAUUUCCUGCCGACACGCUUCUUACACAGAGGAAAAGCGGAUGUGGCUGAAGACAGGGGAGGGGUGCGUGAAGUAAGAUGCUAAAGCCACACCCCCAGUAGGCCUUAACAGGCUUCUGAGCAAAUAUUAGGGAGCUCGGAUAAACCUACGAGCAGGAGAACAACAACGUAUGAAACCUCAUUUCCUUGUUCCAGAGAUAGUUCAUGGCUCCAGGAUGAAUGCGACGAUAUGAAGACCGUUGAAUGCCCUGCAGGAUUUGUGCGCUCACCGCUCAUCAUUCUUUCGGUGGAUGGUUUCCGAGCUUCUUACAUGAAGAGAGGGAAUACUGUCAUACCUAACAUUGAGAAGCUGAGAACAUGUGGAACCCAUGCACCAUUUAUGCGACCUAUGUACCCGACCAAAACCUUCCCCAACCUCUACUCACUGGCUACGGGUCUCUAUCCAGAGUCUCAUGGUAUCAUUGGUAACUCCAUGUAUGACCCUGUCUUUGAUGCCACAUUCACCCUGAGAAGCAGAGAGAAACUUAAUCACCGCUGGUGGGGAGGACAACCAAUCUGGAGCACAGCUCUCAAACAAGGAGUGAAGGCAUCCUCCUUCUUCUGGCCUGUCACUAUCCCACUGGAACAGCGGAUACUGACCAUAUUGCAGUGGCUCCACCUUCCUGAGGUAGAGAGACCCUAUGUUUAUGCUGUGCACUUAGAGCAGCUGGACACAUACGGACAUAAAAUGGGACCCAUGAGCCUCGACUUGAAUAAUCCUCUGAGAUUGACUGAUAGGAUCGUAGGUCAACUCAUGAAUGGACUGAAGCAGAUGAAAUUGCACCGAUGUGUCAACAUCAUCAUCGUUGGGGAUCACGGUAUGGAAGAGGCCCAUUGUGAUCAAACGGAGUUCCUCAGUAAUUACUUGACAAAUCCUGAUGAUUUCAUUCUUAUCCCUGGAUCCUUAGGCAGAAUACGCCCUAGGUUCCUGGACAACCCAAAAUAUGACCCCAGGGCGAUUGUUGCAAAUCUAAUUUGUAAGAAACCAGACCAGCAUUUUAGGCCUUAUUUAAAGCAGAAUCUGCCAAAGAGACUGCACUACGCCAAUAACCGACGGAUUGAGGAUGUACAUCUACUGGUGGACAGGAAGUGGCACAUUGCCAGGAAAGCACCUGAAGUUAAGAGACUUUGUGGCUUCUUUGGUGACCAUGGAUAUGACAAUAAAAUCAACAGUAUGCAGACAAUCUUCUUGGGAUAUGGGCCUUCCUUUAAAUUCAAGACUAAAGUUCCAGUCUUUGAAAACAUUGAGCUUUAUAAUGUUAUGUGCGAUCUUCUAGGUCUAACACCAGCACCCAAUAAUGGAACACAUGGCAGUCUGAACCACCUCCUGAGAAACCCUUUCUACAAACCCGCAAUGCCAGAGGAAGUUUCAAAGCCAACCACUUCAGCUCUUGUUCAUGUUGGAACAGAGGACCUUGGCUGCAGCUGCAAUUACAAGUCUCGAGUAAAAAGGCGUGACCAAAGAGGGGUGAAAGUGACCAUUGCACGAGGCUAUAAUCUGGAGUCACUCUGGCUCUGUUUCUUACAGAACCAAGUAGACGAGCUAAAUCAGCGACUGAGGCAAGCUACUGAUGACAGUAGGAAUAUGCCAUACGGUCGACCUGCAGUACAGUACAAUACAAAGUAUUCCAUUCUGCACCAGACUGACUAUAUCUGUGGCUACAACGAGGAUCUUGCAAUGCCUCUCUGGACAUCAUACAGCGUGAGCUCACAGGUUGAAGUGUCUGCUUUGCCUGAAGUGCUGACCAACUGUGUUCGGCCAGAUGCCAGAGUCCGAUCAGCCUUCGCCCAGUCCUGUACAAACUCCAAGGCAGAAAAACAUAUCACGUACGCCUUCCUAUACCCACCGCAAUUAUCUACAGGCAUCGACAAAAAAUAUGAAGCUGUGUUCAUAACCAACACUGUUCCUAUGUAUCCUGCAUUCAAGAAAAUAUGGGCUUAUUUUCAGCAAGUCCUUUUGAAGAAAUAUUCGACUGAAAGAAAUGGGAUGAAUGUUCUCACCGGACCAAUAUUUGAUCAAGACUUUGACGGCGUAAAGGACUCGACUGACAAGAUUAAAGAGUAUGCGCAUGGUACAAUAGCCAUCCCAACUCACUUUUUUGUGGUUCUAACCAGCUGCUUAGACUUCAGAGAGCCUGCAGAUUCUUGUGGUGGCCCCCUCAGCUCUGCCGCAUUCAUCUUGCCACACCAACCUAACAAUGAUGAGACUUGCAAUAGCUCAGAUGAGGAGUUUAACUGGGUGGAGGACCUGAUGAAGAUCCACACAGCCCGCGUCAGAGAUGUUGAAAUCCUGACAGGUCUGGACUUGUAUCGCAGAACCACGCGCAGUUAUCCUGAAAUCCUCUCACUGAAAACGUAUAUGCAAACCUAUGAGAGUGAGAUCUAAAUUGUACAUUAUACUUUGCUGGAUUUGAACAUUUUGAUCACACUGACUUGGAUGUAGAUAGCCUAUGGAACUGCACAGUGACUUUGAUUCCCAUCUUUUUCAUACCACUGAGCUCCUAAAUUUGUCAUAAAUUAUAAAAGUCAGCUAGUAGGGAAGAAAAUGGGUCUGUUUAUAUAUAUAUAGAAAUAUAUAUGUUGUACUGCCAUGAAGAAGGAAUAGGCCCUAAUCUGCCACGCUGGCCCAAUGCGUGUUGGCAGCUUGUUCAGAAAACACUUGAAGCUGGACAUGGAAUAAAAAACGUAAAACGUGCAUUAAUUCGCUACAAGAAAAUAAUUUUUGGUUUGAGGAUGGAACGAUGUGUCACAGCUGCCAAGAAAUCAUACACCGAGUUAAAGAAUUUGAUACAAACCUAUACAGUGACCCUCACCGAAUGAUUACUAGAAAACUACAAGCAGACCCAGUUCCAUGUAUCCCGAAUGAAGAGGUUGAAAAUGCUAUUAGAUCACUGAAGGCCGGAAAAGCUUGUGGUCUGGAUGACAUUUCUGUUGAAAUGCUUCAAGCAGAAGGGAACCAACUUCAUAAGAUCCUUGUAAAACUAUUUCAAUUCUGCUUGGACUUGCAAGAAGUAUCGGCGACAUGGAAAGACGCAGAAACCAUUUUGCUACAUUAAUCAGCCGAUAAAAUGGACCUAAGAAAUUAUCCCUCAAUAAACCUGCUCUCAACGAUUUAUAAAGUCUUUGCAAAGAUAUUGGGCAAACCAAUUGCAAUCAAACUCAGUGAAGCACAGCCGAUACAACUAGCGGGUUUUUGUAGCGGUUUUAAUACACAUACAGACAGUUCAACAAAUAAUCCAACGACACGAGUACGAAAUGCCUCUGUGUGUAGACUUGAUCGACUAUGAAAAAGCGUUUGACUCAGUCGCCACCACUUCGAUAUGCAGGCGCUAGUAAAGCAAGGGAUAGAGCCGAUCUAUAUCAACAUUCUACAAUCAAUAUACAACGAUUCUUCAGGUUCAAUACGAAGUGAUGAUGAAAGAGUGUGAAUAAGUCUGGGAAAAGGGGUCAGGCAUGGCGACACACUGGCUCCGAAGCGAUUUACAGCUUGCCUUGAAGAAAUAUUAAAAAGCUCAAUUGGGAAAAAGAAGGACGAAAAAUGAACGGCGCUUAUUUCAGCCAUCUUCGUUUUGCAGACGACAUCAUUUUAUUGUCCGACGAUGCUGAACAACCACAGCGUCGUAUUCCGGAAUUAGAGUUAGAAAGCCGUCGCUCAGGUCUGAAAAUGAACAAAAUGAUAUCAAAAUGGAGGACUAUGUCCUAGACGCCGUCGACAACUACAUCGAUUUAGGCCAACUUGUAACAAUGGAUGGAAAUACAAGCACUGAAGUUGAACGCCGAAUAAAACUCGCCCGGCAGGCUUAUGGAAGGCUUUGUGUUAUAUUCAAGAACAAUCUUCCCAUUUGCUUGAAAAGACAAAUAUUUUACCAGUCCUCACUUACGGGAGUGAAACUUGGACUACGAAUGCCGAAGUUAUACAAAGACUACGUGGAACCCAAAGGAACACGGAACGCCAAAUGUUGAAAAUAAGCAUUCGCGACAAGAAAAGAUGCAGUCGGAUAAGACGGCAGACGCGAGUUCCCGACCGUCAUUGGAAAAUUAAAAAGCCUUAAAUGGAAAUGGGCUGGCCACGUUGCGCGAAGAGCUGACGAGAGGUGGACCGCAGAAACUAUCAAUUCCAUACCACUGGACACGAAGCGACCACGGCCGAGACCCAAAAGUAGAUGGAUAGAUGAAAUCCUUGAACACACCGGCAACACAUUGCAAAAUGUCCUAGCAGUUGCAAACGUGAAGAAGAGGCCUUCAUCCUGCAGUGGAUAGAUAAUGGCUGAUGAUGAUGAUGAUGAUGAUGACGAUAUGUAAAUUUUGAUUGUGUGUUAUCCAAUUGAAAGAAACCUGUGAACAUCAGAACACCUAUUUUAGUUUGAAUUGUAUAUUUAUAUGCCAUUGAUAGUUUUCCUGUACCGGCACGCACUUGUGGACAUGGCCUAUGCUAUGCUCGAAGUAUGGUGGCCGACCAGCAAAUGCGUAGCAAAACGCCACAUCACGAGUAAAGAACUAAAGAAAAACGAUGCAAGAUAAAAAUGCUGCAAACACACACAAAAACACACGCACACAAAUCCGAAAGGACUGGACCGUCCUGAAGGUUGCGCCCCCUAGUGGCUUGGCAUACUUCCAUUGUGUCAUGUGAACUUGCAGCAUUUCUCUCUUGCAGUUGUUUUGGGAUAUGUGUGUGUAUGUGUUAUUUUUUUUGUGUUUGCAGCAUUUUUCUUUUGCUGUUGUUUUUUGUGACAGCAGCUUUGUUUAUCUUGGGGCAAUUGUCUUUUCCUGUUUUUUGCUGUGAUUGCAGCAUUUUUAACUUGCAGUGUUUUCCUUUUGCAGGUGUUUUAUGUGCUUGUGUGUUUUUCAUUUUGCAUCGUUCCUGUUUGCAGCGCGUUUGCCCCUUUCGGCCUCCGUAUGUAUUGUUUUGUUCCGGUGUUAAUAUAUUGAGUGUUUGAAAAGAUACAUUUGAUAGCCAACAUUAAAGAAUGGUGAAUUACUGUGCUCUGUUGGAAUCAGGGCGAGAAGACAGAAUAUUUGCCAAGAAAAAGAUGGAGAUUGUGGCUUUAACGAAUCCACACACCAGUUUUUAUUCCUGCCAAAUACCCAGUCCGUACAGUCCAUUGUUUGUUCUCAAUACUUCGUUGAAGGUAAGCUUUAACACUUAGCAAUGUCAGAAAAUGCAUUUUACAAACUGUACAGAACAUAUGAACUUUUCAAUGUUUACAUUUUACGUCAGUAUUCUGAAGUAACACAGUUUUUUAAAAUAUAUCUCUUAUGUUGGAGAUUGUUGCUGUAUUAUACCAAACAAACUAUACAUGUCAGAAAUGUAGGAUUCUUGAAUUACCAGAAAGGCAGCUCACUCCCACCAUACGAAUCGUUGUCUAGCCUUGACGCCAAUGUUAGGCAAAGUCAAUGCUCUUUGAGCUAAAGUAAGCCAAGCUGUCAACGAUUCUGGGGCUUUAAGUGGUCCACUUUUCUUCACACACAGUUAGGCUAUGAGAUGUCUGCAGGGAUCGCAGUUGUUUAGGAUGCCCCCUGUCAAAGUUUCUCAAUACUCUAUCAGUCUUUUAGCCCUCAUUUUAGCAUAUCUAAGGAGGUUGUACUAUUUAAAACAUAGUUGAUAUUAAAUGAUUAGGGUUAUACAGAAAAAAACGGAUAAACAAAACCCAACAUGAGUCAGUCUACUAGAUCUCAUGACUGAAAGACUGAAAGCUGCCUAUAUUAUACAUACAUGCAAAUCAAGUCACCUUUCGGCAGAAUUCGAGGUUUUGAACUCAAAAUAGGCCAUUUAACGUAAAUCGUAGCGCUCCGAUGAGUUUUUCCUGGAGGGGAGGCAGGGGGUGCUCGCCGUCGCUGAUGUCAUAGGCUAGGCGUGGGCAAACUACGGCCUGCGGGGCACAUCCAGCCCGUUGAUCAUUUCAAUCCGGCCUGCUAAAUAUUGGUACAGAAUCGCCCAAAUCAUAUAAAAAUCAUGACAACAUUCAUUUGACCUUGUCCUGUAAUGCCGAGUGGUUCCACCAGGCUGUGCUGUAAUGCUCAGUGGUUCCACCAGGUUGUCCUGUAAUGCCCAGUGGUUCCACCAGGGAGCACAGUAGGUACAGUGAUACAUUUCCUUGACUUUGGCUGUUCUGUUUUUACUCUGCUUCUACUCCGAACCCAAAGAAAAGAAAAGUCGACAGCGAGUUCCGAGUGUUUAAUAUACAACCCCAAUUCCAAUGAAUUUGGGAUGUUGUGUUAAACAAAAAUAAAAACAGAAUACAAUGAUUUGCAAAUCCUGUUUAACCUAUAUUGAAUUGAAUACGCUACAAAGACAAGAUAUUGAAUGUUCAUGUUGAAGAUCAAAGUUCAAAAGAAUACAAUGUUAAUGCCCGACCGUGUGAGGAAACCUGAAUAUGUUGGACUCCUCGUGAAUGCAAUCAGAAGUCUCCACCUAUCCAGGUACUCGAUCUACUUCUCAACCCCCCUGUUCAACAUGGCGUUAUUCGUCCAGUCCUGUCAGAAUGUCAUGAAGUCUCUGUUGUAUGCAGAAGCUUCUGUUGCCAUUUCCACAAGGCCUUCUCCAUUGGCAAUUUGCCAAAUGGUGCCUCAGUUUAUGUCGUGUUUUUGAAUUCACGAACAGCAAUAGGAGAAAACGGCCAAGAAUUAUUACUCAUUUCUUAAUGUUAGGGUUUGCAUUGCUUCACACUUGUAUUUUUUUGGGAGGUAUGGAUUUUCCCUCUGGCGUAAUUCAACUCCCAAUUGUGCAUUCUUCUUUUCGGUGAAC